GAUUUUGUUUCUUUGCACUGAAUGUAGCCUACCUAGACUCAUCUUCACGGGCUUGUGUUGCCCCAGGAUACUGUCAAAGGCAGUGUUUGUGUGUGUCUGCAGUUUUGCACAGCGUCUGUUCCCAUGCAGACCAAUGAGGGAGAAGUCUCGGAGGAAAGCAGUUCCAAGGUGGAACAGGAGGAUUUUGUAAUGGAAGGGCAUGGCAAGACUCCACCUCCUGGCGAAGAAAGCAAACAAGAGAAGGAGCAAGAAAGGGAAGAACAGUUAAUGGAAGACAAGAAAAGGAAGAAAGAGGAUAAAAAGAAAAAAGAAGCCACUCAGAAGGUCACGGAACAAAAAACCAAAGUGCCCGAAGUGACGAAACCAAGUUUAAGCCAACCAACGGCCGCCAGCCCAAUUGGCAGCUCUCCAUCGCCACCAGUCAAUGGUGGCAACAAUGCCAAAAGGGUGGCCGUGCCGAACGGACAACCGCCAAGCGCCGCCCGCUACAUGCCUCGGGAGGUGCCGCCGCGAUUCCGUUGCCAGCAGGACCACAAAGUGUUACUAAAACGUGGGCAGCCCCCUCCACCGUCCUGCAUGCUCCUCGGGGGCGGGGCAGGGCCUCCUCCCUCCACAGCACCUGGAGCAAACCCAAACAACGCACAAGUGACAGGAGCGCUGCUGCAGAGUGAGAGUGGGACUGCACCAGAUUCAACCCUCGGAGGUGCUGCUGCUUCAAAUUAUGCAAAUUCCACUUGGGGCCCGGGAGCCUCCUCCAACAACGGCGCCUCCCCCAACCCAAUUCACAUCUGGGACAAGGUGAUUGUAGACGGGUCUGACGUGGAAGGGUGGCCUUAUAUUGCCAGCAAAGACACGGAGUCUUCUUCCGAAAACACCACCGGUAACAACAGUGCCUCGAACCCUGGCUCUGAGAAGAGCCCUCUGCCAGGAAGCACCACUAGUAACAAAGGAAAGGGGAGCCAGUGCCAGUCUGCAAGUUCUGGGAACGAAUGUAAUCUUGGGGUCUGGAGGUCCGACCCCAAGGCUAAAUCUGUUCAAUCUUCCAACUCUUCUACCGAGAGCAACAAUGGACUAGGCAAUUGGAGGAAUGUGAGUGGUCAGGACAGGCUUGGACCUGGCUCGGGCUUCAGCAACUUUAACCCAAAUAGCAACCCGUCUGCCUGGCCAGCGCUGGUCCAAGAAGGCAAUUCCAGGAAAGGGGCACUGGAAACGGAGAGUAGUAAUUCCGGUGCACAGGUGAGCACAGUAGGUCAGGCAUCCAGGGAACAGCAGUCAAAGAUGGAAAAUGCGGGUGUUAAUUUUGCUGUCUCUGGCAGAGAACAGGCUCAAAUUCAUAACACUGAUGGACCAAAAAAUGGAAACACUAACUCCUUGAACUUAAGUUCGCCAAACCCCAUGGAGAACAAGGGACUGCCCUUCGGAAUGGGCUUGGGGAACACCUCCAGGAGCACUGACGCCCCUUCACAAAGCACUGGAGAUCGAAAGACUGGGAGUGUUGGGUCUUGGGGUGCAGCUAAGGGGCCUUCUGGAACUGACACAGUCUCUGGACAGAGCAAUCCUGGAAACAGUGGGAACAAUGGAAGGGAUCGAGAGGACUCCUGGAAAGGAGCUUCUGUUCAGAAAUCAACUGGGUCAAAAAACGACUCUUGGGACAACAAUAACAGGUCUACGGGUGGGUCCUGGAACUUUGGCCCUCAGGACUCUAAUGACAACAAAUGGGGUGAAGGGAACAAAAUGGCAUCUGGGGUCUCUCAGGGAGAAUGGAAACAGCCGACUGGGUCUGACGAGUUGAAAAUUGGAGAAUGGAGUGGUCCAAACCAACCAAAUUCUAGCACUGGAGCAUGGGACAAUCAAAAGGGCCACCCGCUCCCUGAAAACCAAGGCAAUGCCCAGGCUCCCUGUUGGGGAAGAUCUUCCAGCUCCACAGGAAGUGAAGUUGGAGGUCAAAGCACUGGAAGCAACCACAAAGCAGGAAGUAGUGACAGUCACAAUUCUGGCCGCCGCUCGUACAGGCCCCCACACCCUGAUUGUCAGGCUGUCUUGCAGACUCUCUUGAGCCGAACUGAUUUGGACCCCAGGGUGCUUUCAAACACUGGCUGGGGCCAAACUCAAAUUAAGCAGGACACAGUGUGGGACAUUGAAGAGGUGCCAAGGCCCGAGGGGAAAGCUGACAAAGGAACUGAGGGAUGGGAGAGCGCUGCCACACAGACCAAGAACUCAGGGGGCUGGGGAGACGCACCCAGCCAAAGCAAUCAGAUGAAGUCUGGAUGGGGGGAGCUCUCGGCCUCCACCGAGUGGAAGGACCCCAAGAACACGGGGGGCUGGAAUGACUAUAAGAACAACAACUCUUCCAACUGGGGAGGAGGGCGACCAGAGGAGAAGACAUCUUCGUCUUGGAGCGAGAAUCCCAGCAAGGAUCAGGGGUGGGGAGGAGGCCGCCAGCCCAAUCCAGGAUGGACUUCUGGAAAGAACGGUUGGGGGGAAGAAAUAGAUCAAACGAAAACCAGCAACUGGGAGAGCCCGGCAAGCAAAGCUGGGUCUGGGUGGGGCGAAGGCGGGCAGAACGAAAUCGGAACCUGGGGCAACAGCGGGGCUGGGAGCAUCUCUUCCAAAGGAGGAUGGGAAGAUUGCAAACGCUCUCCAGCCUGGAAUGAGACGGGCCGGCAGCCCAGCUCCUGGAACAAGCAGCACCAACAGCCCCAGCAGUCCCAGCAGGCCCCACCGCCACAGCCAGAGGCUUCUGGGUCCUGGGGAGGCCCACCCCCACCCCCUCCGGGCAACGGACGGCCUUCCAGUUCCAACUGGAGCAGCGGGCCACAGCCAGCAGCCCCCAAGGACGAGGAGCCCAGUGGUUGGGAAGAGCCAUCCCCACAGUCAAUUAGUCGGAAAAUGGACAUCGACGAUGGCACUUCAGCCUGGGGAGACCCCAACAGUUACAACUACAAGAAUGUGAAUCUGUGGGAUAAGAAUUCCCAGGGGGGCCCAGCACCUCGAGAACCAAACCUGCCGACCCCGAUGACCGGAAAAUCCGCAUCAGAUUCCAAAUCUAUGCAAGACGGCUGGGGGGAGAGUGACGGGCCAGUGACAGGAACUCGCCAUCCCAGCUGGGAAGAGGAGGAGGACGGAGGAGUCUGGAACACAGCCGGCCCUCAGGGAAGUGCUGCCUCCCACAACGCUGCAAGCUGGGGACAAGGCGGGAAGAAACAAAUGAAGUGCUCACUGAAGGGAGGAAACAGUGAUUCGUGGAUGAACCCGCUUGCCAAACAGUUUUCAAAUAUGGGAUUGCUGAGUCAAACGGAAGACAACCCCAGCAGUAAGAUGGACCUCUCUGUAGAUAAAAAAUACGACGUGGACAAGCGAGCAGUGAAUCUCGGGGAUUUUAACGAUAUCAUGAGGAAGGAUCGGUCUGGGUUCCGUCCACCUAAUUCCAAAGACAUGGGAACCACAGACAGUGGGCCUUAUUUUGAGAAGCUGACUUUGCCUUUCUCCAAUCAAGAUGGGUGCCUUGGGGAUGAGGCUCCCUGCUCUCCCUUCUCCCCUUCUCCCAGCUACAAGCUGUCUCCCUCUGGUUCCACACUAUCCAACGUCAGCCUUGGAGCAAUCGGCACAGGGCUCAACCCCCAAAACUUCGCUGCUAGACAAGGUGGCAGUCACGGUUUGUUUGGAAACAGCACAGCACAAUCGAGAGGCAUGCACACUCCAGUGCAGCCACUAACUUCGUCCCCUAAUCUCCGGGCGCAAGUGCCUCCCCAGUUCAUUUCCCCGCAGGUUUCUGCCUCAAUGCUCAAGCAGUUCCCCAACAGCGGCCUGAGCCCAGGUCUCUUCAAUGUGGGCCUCCAGUUAUCUCCCCAACAAAUUGCCAUGCUGAGCCAGCUCCCCCAGAUGCCUCAGUUUCAGUUGGCUUGUCAGCUUCUCCUGCAGCAGCAGCAGCAGCAGCAGCAGCAGUUGUUGCAAAACCAGCGAAAGAUUUCUCAAGCUGUGCGGCAGCAGCAAGAGCAGCAGCUCGCUCGAAUGGUGAGCGCGCUGCAGCAACAGCAGCAGCAGCAGCAGAGGCAGCCCAGCAUGAAGCAUUCGCCAUCUCAUCCCGUCGGGCCCAAGCCACAUCUGGACAACAUGGUACCCAACGCUCUGAAUGUGGGGCUCCCAGACCUUCAAACCAAAGGGCCAAUACCUGGAUAUGGUUCUGGGUUCAGCUCUAGCGGCAUGGACUAUGGCAUGGUUGGCGGGAAGGAGGCUGGAACCGAGUCUCGCUUUAAACAGUGGACCUCCAUGAUGGAGGGACUGCCCUCUGUAGCCACACAGGAAGCCAAUAUGCACAAAAAUGGCGCUAUCGUGGCCCCUGGUAAAACCCGAGGAGGGUCGCCGUACAACCAGUUUGAUAUCAUCCCAGGUGACACACUGGGUGGCCAUACGGGUCCUGCUGGUGAUAGCUGGUUACCUGCCAAGUCUCCACCCACAAGUAAAAUCGGAAGUAAACCCAGCAAUGCCAGUUGGCCUCCAGAGUUCCAACCAGGAGUGCCAUGGAAAGGUAUCCAAAACAUUGACCCUGAAUCCGACCCUUAUGUCACCCCAGGAAGUGUGCUGGGGGGUACAACCACAUCUCCCAUUGUAGACACUGACCACCAGCUUCUGCGGGAUAACACCACAGGGUCUAAUUCUUCCCUCAACACCUCGCUGCCUUCACCUGGUGCCUGGCCCUACAGUGCCUCUGACAACUCCUUUACCAACGUUCAUAGCACUUCAGCAAAGUUCCCUGAUUACAAAUCAACAUGGUCCCCAGAUCCCAUAGGACACAACCCCACUCAUCUCUCCAACAAGAUGUGGAAAAACCAUAUUUCCUCAAGGAACACUACACCGCUGCCCCGCCCACCUCCUGGUCUGACCAACCCCAAAGCAUCAUCUCCCUGGAGCAGCACAGCACCCCGAUCUGUCAGGGGGUGGGGGACACAGGACUCUCGGCUGGCUUCAGCCUCGACCUGGAGUGAUGGUGGCUCGGUUUGUCCUAGUUACUGGCUGGUUCUUCACAAUCUCACUCCACAGAUUGAUGGGUCAACGUUGAGAACGAUCUGCAUGCAGCAUGGCCCACUGCUGACAUUCCAUCUGAACCUAACGCAGGGCACUGCCCUGAUCCGAUACAGCACCAAACAGGAGGCGGCCAAGGCCCAGACUGCACUGCAUAUGUGUGUGUUGGGGAACACGACCAUCCUGGCUGAGUUUGCCACCGAUGAUGAAGUGAGCCGCUUUCUGGCUCAAGCUCAGCCUCCGACACCGGCAGCAACCCCAAGCGGACCGGCCACAGGGUGGCAGUCGCUGGAGACCGGCCAGAGCCAGUCAGACCCCGUGGGACCGGCCCUGAACCUCUUCGGUGGCUCCACUGGGCUUGGGCAGUGGAACAGCAGUGCUGGCGGCAGCAGCGGGGCCGAUCUGGCUAGCGCCUCAUUGUGGGGGCCCCCCAACUAUUCUUCUAGCUUGUGGGGAGUCCCGACUGUGGAAGAUCCCCACCGGAUGGGCAGCCCUGCUUCUUUACUACCUGGUGACCUUCUGGGAGGAGGGUCGGAUUCAAUCUGAACUUAGAACUUUCAACUCUGACCUCGUGACCUUUUUUGGAACAGCAGCAGCACUAACUUGACCUUUUCGUUUUUUUUUUCAACUUGCAAUAAAUACAUUUUUAAAAGGAAAAAAGAAAACGGAGAGAGGAAAAAAAAAAAAAGGUGGGUCAUUGACAGACUGUCUGAGCACAUAGUUGCCUCCCUUAUAACUUCAGUUUUUUCGUUUGGAAUAUGAAUCCAAAAGAGAACAUAUCACUCUUGAAAUACUUGAAUCAUGAACGCCAACCUAGAAAGACAAUGUGAAGCAAGUACACAUACCAUUUAAAUUUAAACACGAAAAAAAUUAAAAAAAAUUAGUUUCUAGUUUUUCACUUUUUUCAUGUUAUACGGAAGUUGUUGCUAAGAAACAUAUAUACUGAAAAAAAUAGCUUUUUAACUUUG